AUGAAGUCCAAGUGGGCACUGCUGGUGAAACACUUGCUACCCACUCUUGGACUACCCAGGUUAAAGUGCCACAACAAAUGCACCAAAGAAGCCCCACCCUGCCAUCUCCUAAUCAUCCACCGAGGAGCUGUGGUCCACGGACCAGCAGCAACAGGGGAAUCAUCUAGGAGUUUGUUAGAAAUGCAGAACUUUGAGCCCGACUCCGUACCAACUGAAUUAAAAUCUGCAUUUGAAACAGCAUCUGCAGGCGCUUCAUCUGCUUUAAAGCUCUGCUCUAGUGGGGAAGUUGCGAACUCAGAGGCCUGCCAGGGUCAAGCAGCAAGGUUAGUCCGGACAGAGUCUGUCCCAUGUGACAUCAACAACCCUCUCCGAAAGCCACCCCGGUAUUCAGACCUCCACAUCAGUCAGACGCUCCCCAAAACCAACAAAAUCAACAAGGACCACAUCCCGGUUCCUUACCAGCCAGACUCUAGCAGCAACCCCUCAUCCACGACCUCCUCCACACCCUCCUCGCCAGCGCCCCCACUCCCUCCCAGUGCCACACCGCCUUCUCCCCUGCACCCUUCUCCGCAGUGCACAAGACAGCAGAAGAACUUCAAUCUGCCAGCGUCCCACUACUACAAAUACAGGCAGCAGUUCAUUUUCCCAGAUGUGGUGCCGGUGCCGGAGACACCAACCCGGGCGCCCCAGGUCAUCCUGCAUCCAGUGACCUCGAAUCCAAUCUUGGAAGGAAAUCCAUUACUUCAAAUUGAAGUGGAGCCAACGUCAGAGAACGAAGAGGGCCAUGAUGAGGCCGAGGAGUCGGAGGAUGACUUUGAGGAGAUGAACCUGUCCCUCCUCUCUGCCCGGAGCUUCCCGCGCAAGGCCAGCCAGACCAGCAUCUUCCUGCAGGAGUGGGACAUCCCCUUCGAGCAGCUGGAGAUCGGCGAGCUCAUCGGAAAGGGCCGCUUCGGGCAGGUGUAUCACGGCCGCUGGCACGGUGAGGUGGCCAUCCGGCUGAUUGACAUCGAGAGGGAUAAUGAAGAGCAGCUGAAGGCCUUCAAGCGGGAGGUCAUGGCCUACAGGCAGACACGGCAUGAGAACGUGGUGCUCUUCAUGGGUGCCUGCAUGAGCCCGCCCCACCUGGCCAUCAUCACCAGCCUCUGCAAGGGACGGACACUCUAUUCUGUGGUGAGGGAUGCCAAGAUCGUCCUGGAUGUCAACAAAACGAGGCAGAUUGCCCAAGAAAUUGUGAAGGGCAUGGGCUAUCUGCACGCCAAGGGAAUCCUGCACAAGGACCUCAAGUCCAAGAAUGUCUUCUAUGACAAUGGCAAAGUGGUGAUCACAGACUUUGGGCUCUUCAGCAUUUCCGGGGUGCUGCAGGCUGGCAGGCGUGAUGACAAGCUGCGUAUCCAGAAUGGCUGGCUGUGCCACUUGGCCCCGGAGAUCAUCCGCCAGCUUUCCCCCGACACAGAGGAAGACAAGCUCCCCUUCUCCAAACACUCAGAUGUCUUUGCGCUCGGGACAAUCUGGUAUGAGCUCCAUGCCAGAGAGUGGCCUUUUAAGACCCAGCCAGCAGAGGCAAUAAUCUGGCAAAUGGGCACAGGCAUGAAACCCAACCUCAGCCAGAUCGGCAUGGGAAAAGAAAUCUCGGAUAUACUUCUCUUCUGCUGGGCCUUUGAACAAGAAGAGAGACCUACCUUCACCAAGCUCAUGGACAUGCUAGAGAAACUGCCAAAGCGAAACCGCCGCCUGUCUCACCCUGGACAUUUCUGGAAGUCUGCAGAGCUGUGACCACUGGACAAGGGGACAGCACUCAGCUGCCUCAGCACCCGAGCCACCUCUCUUCCCCUGCUCUGCCCUCUGCCAGCUCAGGAGGCCAGCGGCUCACCAUCAGAGGGUACCGACCCCGGCCAGCCUGGGAGUGCUGCACAACUGAGCCCGGCGGCUUCCCUGCACCCCAGACCCAUGUCCACUCACUUGGGCAUGGGGGGGACCCCGAGCUAGGAUUUCACCAGGACCAACCAGGGAGACACAGAGUGGAUCAGUGAGGCCCAGGGGCUGGUGUAGAGAAGAGAACUACGGGCUGGAUGUGGAGCCCCUGGGCCAUGGAGACUAGGGUGGGAGGCUCACGCGGGCAGGCUCGUGGGACCAGUCUGUGUGCGUGUGUGUCUCUGUGCGCGACGCCAUCUGCUCUCCAUUCCCCUUGGCAAACAGGAGUCAGGCUGCCCCAGCUCAGGAGCUGAGCCCUGCCC